AAGGUUCAAGUGUUGAAGUGAAACUUAUCUUGUUGUUCAUACGAUACCUGUAAGUAAGCUGCAACGAAGGAAGAGCAGAGAAAUGGCGGUUGGGCAACUUGUUCCUUCGAAUUUGUUCCUCAAUCAUUCUGCUGCUACAACACUCAUACCCACUUCCACUCCCCCCAGACACAGACACCUUCUCUGUAUUUCUUCUGCCAAUCACACAACCGCAACCGAUAACGAUUCUCCAUUCUCAAGUUUCGGAAGAGUGAAGACUCUCCUGGUCCACAGAAGAAGAAAGGACCAAAGCCAUAGACGCGCCGUUCAACUUGAAGAUGAUAAUGAUGAUGAUAUAGCCCCUAGACCCAGACGUUCUCAGUCUCGGUCACGAGGAGGAGAAAGAUGGGAUAUGAUUCCCAAUUAUACUCCACAAAGCAAAUCAGCGACUGACACAAAGUUUUUCAGUCUAAAGUCCUUCAAAGAAAUAGGUUGCAGUGAAUAUAUGAUUGAAUCCCUCCAGAAACUCUUGUUGAGCCGGCCUUCCCAUGUACAGGCCAUGGCUUUUGCACCUGUUAUUAGUGGAAAGACUUGUGUCAUAGCUGACCAAAGUGGUUCUGGUAAGACAUUAGCUUAUCUCGCACCAAUCAUCCAGCUCCUUAGACUAGAAGAGCUUGAAGGACGUAGUAGUAAAUCCUCUUCACAAGCUCCUAGAGUCCUUGUCCUCGCACCCACGGCUGAGUUGGCUUCUCAGGUCUUAGAUAAUUGCCGCUCCUUGUCUAAAUCUGGAGUUCCAUUCAAGUCUAUGGUUGUCACCGGAGGUUUUCGCCAAAAAACUCAAUUGGAAAAUUUACAGCAGGGAGUUGAUGUCUUAAUAGCUACACCUGGCCGUUUCUUGUUCCUCAUCCAUGAAGGCUUCUUGCAGUUAACAAAUCUAAGAUGUGCUAUCUUGGAUGAGGUAGAUAUACUCUUUGGUGAUGAGGACUUCGAAGUGGCUCUUCAAUCCUUGAUCAAUUCUUCACCUGUAGACACACAGUAUUUAUUUGUGACUGCAACUUUACCAAAAAAUGUUUACACCAAAUUGGUUGAAGUUUUUCCUGAUUGUGAAAUGAUUAUGGGGCCUGGUAUGCACCGAAUAAGUUCUCGCCUUCAAGAGAUUAUAGUAGAUUGCAGUGGAGAAGAUGGACAAGAAAAAACUCCUGAUACAGCAUUUCUGAACAAGAAAACUGCACUUCUGCAGCUUGUGGAGGAAAAUCCUGUCCCAAGAACUAUUGUGUUCUGCAACAAAAUUGAAACAUGCAGAAAAGUUGAAAAUUUGUUAAAGCGUUUUGAUAGAAAAGGAAAUCACGUGCAAGUUCUACCAUUCCAUGCUGCCAUGACACAAGAAUCACGGCUUGCUAGUAUGGAAGAGUUUACACGUUCUCCAUCAAAAGGAGUCUCCCAGUUUAUGGUUUGCACCGACAGAGCAUCACGGGGAAUAGACUUCACAAGAGUGGAUCAUGUCAUACUCUUUGACUUCCCACGUGAUCCCAGUGAAUAUGUACGGCGUGUUGGAAGAACAGCCAGAGGUGCCAAGGGAGUAGGCAAGGCAUUUAUCUUUGUGGUUGGCAAGCAAGUAUCCCUUGCACGCAAAAUAAUGGAAAGAAAUCAGAAGGGUCACCCACUACAUGAUGUGCCUUCGGCUUAUUAGCCGGUGAAGUAGAAAGUUGAGUGAGUGCUUACUCUCAACUCGAAUGCUGAAACAUAUUGAGUGAGCUAGCAGCUGCUUAACCACUUCUCUCUUCCCAAACCACCUUAUUCAGAUCCAUAGUUUGCUUAUUAGUAACAUACGCAGAAGGUGGUUUGCACUUUGCAACACUUGUAGCAAAAGCAUGACCUACAUUAAUUAUCUACUUUCAAGUAUGAAAUGGAAGAUUGACUUAGGUCCAUUUUUUCCCAUCGUAGUUUGCAAAAUGCAAACAUUAACUCGUUUAAUUGUCAAUGAAACUAGCAAGACAAGAAGAAAAAAAAUGUGUCAAGAUUAACUAGUACUUCAAGCCUUUUUGUACUCUAAAAACGGGUAUCUAAAGAUCCACUAGUAUACCAUCAUCAUUUUAGUUCUUGAACGGUACUUAUUAGCCAACAAAUUGUAGUAUUAAUAAUCUUUUUUUAUAUUAGAAGUUAGAAAACAGAAGCGGUUCUCAUUCUUUCCACCAGAUAUUAUUCAUGUUCUCUAUUUUCUCUCA